GCCUGAGAGGAAAAGGGGGGGAGAGAGAGGGAGGGGGGAGAGAUCUGAGAUAAGCAGGGAGGGUCCCCCCAAAACAAGAAGUGGGGAGAAAGCAGAGGGACUGAGGAAGACGGCAGAGAAGAGGCAGAAGGAGAGAUUGCUGAGAAAGGGAAGGUGGAAGGAGAGGUGAAAGAGUGAGAAAGAGGGGAAAGCAGAAAAGGAGGGGGGGAGAAAGACAGGUGGAGAAAGAAAAGCGAGAAGAGCAGAGGGAGGGACAGCAGAAGGUAAGCCGGGGAAAGAAGGAGGCAGCUCAGAAGAGGCUAGUCCGCGGGGAGGGAGGGAGGGAGGGAGAGGCGGUGGGAAAGAAAGAAAGAGAAAAGAAAAGAAAAGAGAGCGAGAAAGAAGUUAAGUUAAGGACGCAUCGCGGGCAGCAGCGCCUCCUUCCCCCGCCACCGGCCAGCGCCAGCGCCAGCGCCCCCAGCCGCGUAGCGGGCAGUCCCGCCGCUCAGGCGCCUGAGGGGACGAGGCGGCGAAGCGGGGCGAGCUCUUCCACCCCGCACCCCCGCGCGCAAACUCUUCACGGCCGGAGCGCCUUCCCCUCCCCGGACGCCACCCGAGCAUCUUCCGCAUCUAAUUGACGUGGGCGGUGGGGGGGAGGUGGUGGUAUCCCCAGGAGAAGGGGCGGGAGGAGGAGGAAGAUGGAGGCGUCGAGGAAAGAGACCUAGGGAGCGGGAGAGCGAGAGGGCAUGGAAAGGGCAGGGGGCUUCCGAGGAUGAGGGCUCUCUCUCGGGGGGCGUAAGGGCCGGCCGCGAGGAGGCUCGACUUCCAUCUCCGGAGGCUGCGGACGGGGGUCUUUGCCGCGGGAUGCUGAGGAGGGGGCAGCUCCAGGUUUAAGACCCCCUCCUGCCCCACCAGGAUGUGGACCGGACCAGGCGGGGGGCUCUGCCUGCUGGGAUCGCUGCUGCUGCUGCUGCUGCUGGGAGCAACUUGUAUGGCUGUGCAAUUUGUUCCUGCAAAGACCUACGAGGACUGGUGGGCAUACAAGGAAACACUUCAUGGAAGCUUUGUGCCAGGUCCUCCAUUCUGGGGUCUUGUGAAUUCAGCGUGGAGCCUCUGUGCCAUUGGCAAACGCCAGUCUCCAGUGGACGUCAACACAAGCCAAAUGGUUUUUGACCCCUUCCUCCCUCCGCUUCGACUCAGCAUUGGUGGAAAGAAGAUUAGUGGAACCAUGUACAACACAGGCCGGCACGUCUCUUUUCGUCCAGAUCCGCUACAACUGGUUAAUGUUUCGGGAGGGCCUCUGCCAUACAGUCACCGGCUCCAAGAGAUACGGCUGCAUUUUGGCAGCGAAGACGGAUUUGGCUCAGAGCACCGGAUAGAUGGUGACAGCUUUUCUGCUGAGGUGCAGCUGAUCCACUACAACCAAGAACUCUACCCCAAUAUUUCAGAGGCUUCACGCAAUCCCAAUGGUUUGGCUGUCAUUUCCAUCUUUGCCAAUAUUGGACCAAAUCCUAACCCUUUCCUGACCAGGCUGUUAAACAGAGAAACUAUUACCCGGAUCUCAUAUAAGAAUGAUGCUUAUCUUCUACAUGACUUGAGCCUUGAAGAUCUUUAUCCAGAGACAUUUGGUUUUAUCACUUACCAAGGAUCCAUGUCAACCCCUCCGUGCUACGAAACAGCCACCUGGAUCCUCAUUGACCGCCCCAUCAAUAUUACCUCCGUUCAGAUUCACUCCCUUCGUCUUCUCAGUCAGAACCUCCCUUCUCAAAUUUUCCGGAGCAUGAGUGACAACUCGAGACCUCUCCAGCCCCUUUUACACCGAAGCCUUCGGGGCAACCGAGACCCACGGCGCCCCACUAAACGUUGCAAAGGAGCCUCCUACAGGCUACAUGUUGAUGGAACACGGGCUCCCAAAACAGCCAUGUAGUUCUGUUGCAACCUGUUUUGUCCUCCUGAAUGUCUGAGUGCAACCAUCGCUCAAACUUCAGUGUCCGACUGAGGAAGUUACAACCUCCCAUCUCUGAAUGAUUGCUGUGGCUUCCAUUGUGGGAAAGGCAACGUGUGGGGUACCAGGGAACCAGGCUGGAAUUUCUGCCUUGGGGUGUUUGGAAAACAAUGAUCACAUUAUGGUUGGGUUGCCAAAGGCUUAAACAAUGAAAUGAGGGCUAUUCAUUUGCAGAAUAUGGCAUGUCUCCCCCAAUGGUAUAGUCUAGUGUUAAAAGAAGGCGGGGGUAUCCAGAAAUGUGAGGACUAGAACCUUCACAUUGCCUCCCUGGGUCUCCUAAAGCAAUGCCGUCUGUCCUGGAGAUCAAAUAUAUUCAAAAUCUUUAUCAGUUGUAAAUGUUAGGUGGAGGGAAUUCACCCCAAAUUAUAGGCAGAGCAGCUAAGCUGUAUCAGGCAGACAGCUGUAUUCCAAAUACUGUAUGCACCUUAGACUGUUUGGUUGGAAAUAGAAAUGCAGAGGAAUAUCCUCAUAAUACCCUAGUGAGCCCCCAAUAUGUUUAUGGGGCAUUCUGAAUAGUUUUCUCAAAGACUUGAAAUGCCACGCAUCUCAGGAAGUUUAAGAGGGGGGAACAGCAUUACAUGGGCAUAACCCCACAAACUCUAAGCUUCGUAUGUUAUUUUUAAGAAGAGUUAAUACACUUGGAACUUUAAUCUGGGUAAAACUUGAGAGAAUCUGGGGUGGAAAAUAGAAAUAUGAUCUCCCUCCCAAAUCUCUCUAUCCUGGGGGGUUUGGGAGAACAGGUAAAAUAAGGGAUCUGUGCUUAUCAUUUCAUUCUGAAUGGCCUUCAACAGCCCUAACUGUGAAACAGGAGAGGGAGUAUUUUUAUUGCCAAAAGAACCCACCUUUUGAAUAUUGAUGAGUAUUAUUAAUUUAAGAAAAACACUGGUUUUCCAAACAAGCUUUGUUUACUUUGGAGUGAAAUUAUUUCAUUGAGACAAGGGCCUAGUCUGUCACUUUAAGUGGCAGGGCCCAAUUCACACCAUGUUGGAAUUGUCACAUGGGUAUUCAAGAGGGGUCAAAAAAGUCAAGAUGGUGGCCACAACUGCAUGAUUGAACUUCUGUCCCUUUUUUAUGUGUGUGGUAUGCACCACAGUGUAGAAAGGGGCAGGGUGCCUUCAUCUUGACUUUUUUGACAACACCACCCCCUGGUGCCCUGAUUCAUCAUAUAAAUAGUGGUGGCAAAGGGAAUUGGAAGAACAUAUUGGAAAGAAAGGGGAAGGGAUCUAGCCCCCUCUGCUCUCUUCGUCUGCCUGCAUCUCCACCUGCAACCAGCAGACUCACAUUUGUGGCCCCUGAUGCCACAAGAAGGCUACCAACAUGAUCAUGAAUGCUCAGAGAUGCAAUUUCUCCUUUUUCAAAUGAAACAAAUUCAGCCCUCAAUCAGUGGGAUAAGCCUAUGUUUGGUUUAGCAGAAUUAUUGCAAACAAAACAGAAAAUCUAGAUUGGUGCCCCCAGGUGGGUUCCUGCAGCAAGGCAUUUGAGGACAUCUUCCUCCUUCAUCUGUAGGACAUCAAGGCCUCCAGACAUUUUGAAAAUUUCCUUUUAAAGCAAUGACAGGAAAUCUGGUGAUAACGCCACCAUAUGGAGUCCUCCCUAAGGUCAGAGAGAAGCAUAAACAAAAUACGCCACAUGAAGCUUUCAUCCCCCAGGGCCAAAAAUUCACCACCAUUCCAGUGAUGUCACUGCCAUGUUCCUUCCUUAGAGGAACAUAUAUAUUUACGCACACGCCCAUAUACAUACAUAUACAUGCAUACAUAGGGAACCCUGCAACAGUCACAUACGCUCACACACACACAACCAAACGUAUGCCUUCCCCCCACCCCAUACAGAGAAAGCCUUCUUCCAAGACAGAAGUCUGCAGAUAUGCAGACACGCACAGUUUUUCAGUGACAGCCGUGUUCCCUACUCAGUUCAGAAUUAAGACUCCUUAUAAUCGCUCUGUGGAGAGUCAUUUCUAUGGAUAAACUCUAUGCAUAAACUCUGUUGGGUGUCUGGAGAUCCUGCAAAAUACAAAAAAAAUCCACCAAAACUCAAGGGGACCAUUGCAAGUACAAAAUUAAUAUACCAGCUCUAUGGCUGUAGGCUUUUUGCUUUAAAAAAUUUAUAUACUGCCCUUCUACUAGUCUCCCAGAAUGAUUGAUAAAAUAUUAUUUUAAAUGCACCCCCUCCCCAAUGUUGUAUAAUGAAUGAUAGAAAGUUAAAAUGAUAAUAUAAAUCUCUCUUUCUGGCAUCUAAAAGAUAGGAAUGAUCUCAGAUCUGGCCUUCUGAGUGCUUGGCUGCUUGAGGCAACACAUCUGGAAUCUGAUAGAGCUGGCAGAUCAACCAAACAUCAAAACAACCAUAGGACAGCCUUUUUCCCUAGCUGAGGGGGUGCUAGGCAGACCAUGUGGUACCCCCUCUGUGUUCUCUAUCCCCUUUUCUCUGUUUCUCAGCAGCUGCAUUUGAGGCAACUGCCUCUUCUUCCCUUAAGGGUAAAGCUGGUCCUGAUGUUGGCAAACAUCUGGGUGAGAAUUCAUAUCUUCUGUUCACUCUACUGCAACCCUCUCUCUGUUAAAUACUCAUCCAGUUUACACAUCCAAAUUUAGCACUGCAAGUAAACAUAUGGCUUCCUGAAGUACUAUUUGAUGCAGUUCAUAGAUCCAUAACUAAAUAAUAUUUUUAAAGGCCAAAGAACAGAGGUAGAACUCUCGUUUUGGAAGCAAGGCAAUUCCAAACUUUCACCUCUGUUUUAAAUCUUGGAUGAACUGAAGGCAGAUCUGGAUUAGUUGAUCAAUCUCUGGGUAAUAAGCAGAUGAUCAACAAGGAUUUCCGACUCCUUUUUUAGCCAUAACUCAUUUUCCUCAAAGAACUGCAGAAAACACUUCUGAUAAUCCAGAAAGCAUUUCUACCUGCAAGGACCUUGAGUUCUGCUACUUGAAGUACAUUACUGAGAAGAUAAAUCUUUGACCACCUAGUUAAUGAUUUUAUAUCUGACUCUUGUUGGUGGUACUUAACAUUUGUGGUUAUAAAAUAAAAUCUGACCCCAAAGUCCAUCCACCAUGACUGCAUUAAACGGAGCACAGGUGAAAGAGUUGGGAUGAGUUCUCAGUGACCUCUUGAAAGGCCACAGCUGUUGCAACAGAAUAGGAAUGAAGUUCUUCCUUUGGAGUUAAUCUUAUCUCCAUCUAAACCAGCUAUUAAUGGUAUUCCAUCUAGGGAUUAUCCAUUUUUAAUUGUGCAAAGCUCUCUCCAUCAGCUUCCUACUUUGGCAAAGCACAGGACAGACAAAACAAAUUCCAUAGCUCAGGGCUGAUCAAACUACAAAUGGUUGUCUGGGAAGUCACAAAAGUUCAGAAGUUUCAUUGCAUUUGAAUCCAAAGGGAGAUUUUUCCUCUCCUGUCUCAGAAUUAGGAAUAGGGUUAGACGGGGAUCAGGAAUAUCCAAGUUUGAAUUCCCAUCCUGUCACAGGGUUCACUGGGUUACUUCAGACCAGUCACAUUUCUCAGCCUAACCUAUCUUAUAACAAGAAGGGCAAAUCACCUUGAACUCAGUAGAAGAAUGACUAAACAGAAAUGUAGCAAACAAAUGGCAGUUUUUUUAUGUAAGGUUGUACAACUGUAUUGCAAAACAGCAGUUUUCAGCUGCUAAGACCAGGACUUUCCUGAAGGCAAGGAAACUGCUUCUGACGGUGUCUAGGCUUAACUGAGUAAACUGGGCACAAAUGUAAGGCUGAGAUUACAAAUGGUGAUUUGAUUGCUCCUUGUUACCACUCCUUCUGCCCAGCUAUAGAGUACACUCUGGCCUUACAGCACACUGGGAUUCACAGCAAUUUAAUUGCCUCGUGAAGAUCUGGCAGUAGUUGCUUUUCCAACGUUAUAAAAAGGGAGCACCUGGCCGAUUUCAAGAUUUACAUUCUCCAGAACAGAAAUAAAUGGUUGGAGUGACCUUAUUAACUACAGCUCCCGUGGGGACAGUCAUUUCCU